CAAAAACUCAUUUGUAAAUUCACCUACCAAACCUUCUUAUUUAAAGCCAGCGUGGUACCAUAAAAAAUUUUCAUCACGAAAAUGACUGAAACUACAAUCGAUGCCUUCAACCAGGCCAACCAGGCUCAUCUUUUCCAAUUCUUUGACUCUUUAUCUAAACAAGAACAACAGCAGUUUUUGGAUCAGUUGACCAACAUCGAAGACCCAGUAAAAUUGGUGAGAACCGUGCAAAACGCCAUCAGCUUUUCGCAAAACAACUCAUGCUCCAGAUCAUUCACCCAGUUACCCAGAGAGCAAUGUGCAUCUACCUUGGACACUCCAAGUGAUCAGAAAUCCCAUUGGUAUAACUUGGGAUUGGAAGCCAUCAGCAAAAACGAGGUGGGGGUGAUAUUAAUGGCUGGAGGUCAGGGUACACGGUUAGGCUCCAGCGAUCCUAAAGGGUGUUUCAACGUGCAUUUGCCCUCGUCCAAAUCGAUGUUUCAAAUCCAAGCCGAAAAGAUCUUGAAGAUUCAACGCUUGGCUAAAGACAAGUAUCCUGGAUCCAAAGCCGUGGUUCCAUGGUACAUUAUGACCAGUAAACCGACCAGACGGUCUACGGAAGAUUUUUUUGAGUCUCAUGAUUAUUUCGGAUUACACAAGGACCAGAUCACCUUCUUCAACCAGGGCACUUUGCCAUGCUUUGACUUGACGGGAAGUAAGAUUUUGAUGGAGGGUCAAGACCGGAUUUGUGAAAGCCCCGACGGGAAUGGUGGCUUAUACAAAGCCUUAGCAUUAAACGGAAUCAUUGACGACUUUGAAAAGAAGGGCAUCAAGCAUUUACACAUGUACUGUGUUGACAAUGCCUUGGUAAAAGUGGCUGAUCCCGUGUUCCUUGGGUUUGCAAUCGACAAAGAAUUGCAAUUAGCCACCAAGGUGGUAAGAAAAAGAGAUGCCUGUGAGAGUGUGGGUCUUAUCGUAUUGGAUGAACAGUCUCUCAAACCCUGCGUUAUAGAAUAUAGUGAGAUUUCUUCUGAGUUGGCCAAUCAGUUGGAUCCCGAAGACCCAAACAAGUUGUUCUUGAGGGCAGCUAACAUCGUUAACCACUACUAUUCGGUGGACUUGUUGAAGAAGCAGAUUCCAAAUUGGACCAGCAGCCAACAGUACUUACCUUUCCACAUUGCCAAGAAGAAGAUCCCAUCGUUGAAUGAUGAAGGUAAGUUGGAGAAGCCCGUUGAAGUGAAUGGUGUCAAAUUAGAGCAGUUCAUCUUCGAUGUGUUCCCAUCCAUUGAACUCAACAAGUUUGGAUGUCUUGAAGUUGAUAGGACUUCUGAGUUUUCACCAUUGAAGAAUGCUGAUGGAGCCAAAAAUGAUACGCCCAAGACAUGCAAAUCCCAUUAUCUCAGUUUGUGCACCAAAUGGGUCAAAGAAAAUGGUGGUAUUGUUGAAGAUGGAGCAUUGGUGGAAGUAAGUGGUUUAACUAGUUACAAUGGUGAAGGUCUAGAAUUUGUUCGGGGAAAACUGUUCAAGAACGGUGAUAUUAUUUAGGUCAACAAAUACACGGUACGGAAAGAAUAAAUAGGUUCAGUAGGUCGAUCAUCAAAAUGCAUUUGUGUGU